AUGGCAAUAGUCUCCGCGCCUCGGCUGGUAGCGUGCUUGCUGAUCCUAGCCGUCGGAUUCAGCCACGUGGCGGGCAUCCGGUUCGAGGUGACGGCGUAUAGCAAGUGUCUCGGCGAGGAGGUUCAGGAGGGGACUCUUGUUGUCGCGACGUACCAAGUGGUGCCGAGCGGCGAGAGUAGCCCUCUCACCAAGAUCACCGCUAAGGUGACGUCCCCGUUUGGGCGGCAGCUGCACUGGCAGAGCGACGUGGAGGAGGGGCACUUUGGAUUCACGGCCAAAGAAUCAGGGCAGUUCAUGGCAUGCUUCUGGAUGCCGCAUGGCACUCCGGGCAAGGAUUCACUCAUGGUGGACCUGGAGUGGCGGUCAGGCGUGGCUGCUAAAGACUGGGAGAGCAUAGCGAAGAAGGAGAAGAUCGAUGGCAUGGGGUUGGAGCUGCGGAAGUUGGAUGAGACAGUGCGGGCCAUCCGAGAUGAAAUGACCUACUUCCGGGGGAGGUGGAAUUCUGGGCAGGUGGAAUUCUGCGCAGGUGGAAUUCUGGGCAGGUGGAUUUCUGGGCAGGUGGAAUGUUGGGUAGGUGAAAGGCUUGCAGGUGAGACGCGGGGGAAGUGGAAUGCUGCAGAGGUGAGGUGCUGGGGAGGUGCAAUUAUGGCAAGGCGGGAUGUUGGAAAGGAUAGGUAUGGUGAGGAGUGGGUGUAA